UGUUCCACUACGUGGGGUAGGGUUCAAUUCAACAUUAUCUGAACCGAACGAUCUAAUCUAAAUCAGGGGUCGAGAACACGGAAAAAGAUACAACAACCGCCCCAAAUAGGGACACGUAUCGUUAUGGUGAAGAGCACGAGAAUGUGGCAGAAUGUUCUAGCGACAGGUCGUACACAGUACGACCAUCUCUAUCCAGUGUAUCCAGCAAUCCAGAAUCGAGCUCUGCUCUGAAAGUCUGAAUCUCACUAUAAAUCGUCUUCAGCCAGUAGCGCAAUCUCAAUGUCUACGUGACGUGAGCUACUGGUUGGGUUCAGACGUUCUGUGCUAAUUUUCAGACAGUUGCAACUUCAAAUCCAGCAAUGGCGAGUAACAAACACUCUUCUUCAACGCUGGAAGGGAACUACCAGAAGGAGACGGUGUCGUUCAGGCUGGUGAGCAGAGACGAAGAGGGGAAGAAGAGGGUGGAGAAGGCGGAGGUGAACACCAGCAACCCCGAAACCCUCAAGUACAUAGAGAAGAAGCUCCGGGAUAAGGGUGUGCAGCGCAUGGAUCGACGCCCUGUGGACGGCAAUGCGCUUCAUCAUACCCCUCCCAAGUCCGGCCACGGCGGCAAGUUUACCUGGGAGGGCUCCGGUGAUAUUGCUGACACCGAGCUCUCGCCUGUACCGCCGGCGAUCGACGAGGGGGAUCCGAACUAUGUCGACGAGGAGGUAGAGGAGCGCAUCUUGAAGGGUGAGGAGCCUGAUGUUGAUGGUCUGGUUGUGGGUGAGGUGGAGGUAGCCAAGGCUGCUGGGGAUAGGGUGGGAUUGGCCAGGGUUGAGGUUGAGCCUGCUCUUCUGGCUUAAAUCUGUCAUCCUUUUUUCCUUCUGUGAUUUCUGUGGCCGAGUCUUUUCUUCUUCCUGUUUUUGUUUUGUGUUUUUACAUCAAGGAUCCAAGGAUCCCCCUGUGUAUAUGUAUGGACUAAGAAAACAGAGAAAAGGAAUUAGUUUGAUCUAAAUUAA